GCUUCCUAAGUGGACAGUUUGAUUUCACAGAAGUUUGAUUUACUUGGAGUUAUAUUGUGUUGUUCAAGUGUUCCCUUUAUUCAUUUAUUUAUUUAUUCUUUGAGCAGUGUAUAUACUUUUGCUCGAGAGUCUCGGAUUAGUGGCUCAGUUUCCCCCCGGACGUAAAUAACAGACGUGCUGUUCUUCUUCCUGUUUUCUUUCGCCCGCAUCUGCUCGGUUCGACAGAAAUGGAAGAAUCUGCGAGGCAAAAACACAACCACAGUCUACCCACGAACAUACCACGUCUUUUUAAGCAGGGCCGAACCGUGUAGACCCGACGGCAGAAGCGGGCAGAAGUAACGACCCUUCCUCCGGCCCCGGUGUCCGAAACAUGGCACUCAGCUCGGGUAGCUGGGCUCUUCCAGCCCCAGUGCCUGCCUCGUCCCAGCAGCCUGCGUGCAGCGGCCGUGGCCCCGUCCCGGCAGCAUGCUGCAGCACUGUCCUGAUGUCAGUCCGCGUCUCGGUGUCCCACUCCGGGAUCAGACCCCUUUGCCUACCUGGGGCGGGUAGCGACUCUCUGCGGCUGCAGCUCAGCAUGGACCCGAACCUGGCCGGAGAGUUCCGCCUGGCACUACGAGAUACGAGCGGAAACCGCAGUGUGUUCAUUGCAGAGUUUGACCUGCGCUCGGUGCAGUACGAGGUCAAAUCCUCUCGCUGCCACGAGAUGCGCCUUGCCGCUUCGCCUCAUGACUGCCUCCGCUUCAACUUCCGCUGCGACCGCGAGGCCGAGGCCUGGUCCACCGUGGUGAUAUCGUCACUGAGGGAGGCGCACAGAGUGGCAAACAUAAGUGCCUGUGAAUCAGAUGGCAAACACAACUCUGAAGUAGCCGUGGAUCAGAGGAGCUCGACCUCCCUACCACUCUGUGAGGAGCUGUGCUCAGAGCUCUCCAGGGCGAUCGAAGCAGGCGACGUUCAGGCUGCGUCCCAGCAGGCGUCCGCACUGGCUCGACAGAAAGCGGUGCUGACGAUACAGCCGUCCCAGAAAAACUACACAGACGGAGAAAUUAGUUUAUCUGUGGUGGUGGAGGAUGCCUCUUCUUCUUGUUGUGUCACAGUUAUAGUUUUUCCCUACAUGUCUGUGGCCACGCUCAAACAGCAGGUCUUUCUCGAGUAUGGUUUCCAUCCUCGCGUGCAGCGCUGGGUGAUCGGUCAGUGCCUGUGCUCAGAUCCUAGGUCAUUAGCCUCAUACGGAGUUCAGAAGGACGGCGACACGGCAUACCUUUACCUGAUCUCUGCCAGACAAGCUCGUGUCACACGGCAGCUGUUCCAGCAGGAUCUGGACAACUCCCUGAUGGCUUCGCCACUGACUCCAGGAAGCAGCCUCACCUCCCAGGUCUGGAGGGGUUACAGCACUCUGCCGUCAAAGCUUCCCCACAACAACCAGGAAACCGGAGGAGGGAAUAAUAAAGCAGGUGACAUCAAAGACGUCCUUGAUUUUGAGAAGCUGCAGGUGAACGAUCACACCAGCAAAGCCAGUAAGACGCAGACGGAGUGGGCUUGCCCCUCGUGCACUUUCAUCAACAAGCCCUCUCGCCCGGGCUGCGAGAUCUGCGCCACUGCCAGACCCGACGUGAAGAGCUACAUCCAGCAGGAGAAAGGAAGGAGGGAGGAUCGCAGCCAGUCUGGUUUAAGCAGCAGCUGACUGCCCGUCAUCGCCGCUUGGAUUUUGUUUCUCGCUUUCUCCCCCACACACACACUUAAACACACAGAGAGUGAGAAGUUUAGAUCUGAAAAACACACACUGGCAAAAUACUCACAGAGAGACAGUAAAGUUCACUGAUCUCGCCUGAAGCGCUGAAGCGAAGCCGUGCUGCUCGAACCGCUGACAGAGAGCUCCGUCUGUUUUUUAUAUGGACAUCAUGACAUGACAUGACCCUGACGUACAUCUCAUUUGGUUAGACCUCUUUGCUAUUUAUUUUAGAGUGGGUGGGUGUGUGUGUGUGUGUGUGGCGCAAACAGCCUGAUAUUUAUUUUAGUGGAGAAAGGGACUGAGGUAAUUUCUCACUCGCAGCGUCUGCCAACUGUGAAGAGGGGUGAUGCCUUGUGCUAUAGCCUGUUCUGUCUGUUCAUUGGUCAUCUGCAGCGGUGGCGCCAAAACAUUGUUACAAAUGAGAGAAAAAAGCAUGGAUCGUGUACAUGGCUGUAUUUAGUGUAAUAUUUUUAUCAAGAUGCAUUAAAUAUAUGAUGUAAAUUUCAAAUAGUAGUUUAAUUGUGCUUGAUUUCCUCUGAGCUGUGAAAGCGAGGAAAGAUUCACUUUCACUGCAUAACCUAUAUAUAUAAAGGAAGGAAUCUG